CACCAGCUCACUCAGAGAGUUCCAUUUGCACGCAGAAGAAAAGACGAGUCCCAGGACUAUGUCUGCAGCCCAGAGAGCCAAGGAAAGUAAGGAUUGGGUCUGAAAAGUGACUACUCUUGGUAGCAUCCCUGGAAUCGGAAGAGGCCUAGGGAUGCAGGCCGUAUUCAUUCAGAACCUCUCCGAGCUGGAACGUACCAGGCUCCGGGAGAUUGCCUUCUUCUGCCUGCAGGAGAAGAAUCCUUCCUGGCCGAUCAAGAUGCCGAAAGCAAACAAGAAGGGCAAAUUCUUUCGCAAAAGGUUGGAUGUUCUAAGUCGUGACAAAAAAGAUAAUGCUCAGACCUUUGGGAUACCCCUCUCCCAAGUCAUUGCCAACGACUUGGCCAACAAACGGCAGAGGGAAGCCAUGAAGGUUCCUCGGAGACAAGGCCAAAUUGAUGUGGAAGCCACCAUCCUUCGCUUCCUCACCGAGAAGCAUCGCCAGUGCAUGCAAGGAGAACACUCCCUGCUGGGAGCCCUGAUGGAGUAUCACAGGGAGCCUCUGACUCCCCUCUUUGCAGAACAUCCCCCAAAGAUCCAGAGAAGGGGGGGCUUAUCUGUUGACUGCAUUUCCGAUUUGGAUCAAGGCAACUCGCGCCUAUUGGAGGCCCUGCAGCUCUCUCUCCCCACCAGUCGGGAGGGUGUAAAGCUCAUGGGCAAUGAGGAGAAGUUGGGGCUCAACCCUAUUUUCCGACAGGUCCCCGUUAUUGUGGACAAGUGCUGUGAGCACAUCGAGGAGUAUGGUCUGAAGACCCUUGGGAUUUUCCGCGUUGGAAGCUCCAAGAAGAGAGUGAAGGAGCUUCGUGAUGAGUUUGACCAAGGUGUGGAUGUCACUCUGGAUGAGUCCCAGAGCGUUCAUGAUGUGGCCGCACUGCUUAAGGAGUUUCUGCGGGAUCUGAGUGAGCCCCUGGUGCCCCGGGAGUUCUACCAAGUUUUUCUCCGAGCUGCCAGCCUGCCUACUGGCGAGAGACUGGCCAUCUUGCAGCUGCUGAUUUAUCUACUGCCCCCAUGCAACUGUGACACUCUGUACCGCCUCCUGCAGUUCCUGGACAAAGUGUCCAAGCAUUCCGAGGACACCAUCGGACCCCAGGGCCAGAUGAUUUCUGGCAACCGGAUGACCACCGCCAACUUGGCUAUGAUUUUUGGACCCAACAUCCUGCAGAAGGAGAAGAUGCAUGAGAAGGACACCAAGGUUCUGGGGAUGGAGGAGAGCACAGCCAUGAUCACCGUGCUUCAGACCCUGAUUGAGAAUUUCCGCAUCCUUUACAUGGUGCCCCCUGAUGUGCAGAGCGAGGUGCUCCUCAGCCUGUGGCACACUGAACCUGAUGUCAUUGAGUAUCUUCUGCGUCAAAAAUUCAAGACUCCCACCCCAUUGGCGGUCCCUGAGACAUCAGCUUCUGAUAGCGAGUCCACUUCUGCUUCUGAAUGCGUCUCUGCUUCUGGAAUGUCCUGCUCUGCUCUUGAAUCUGCUGCAUCCGGUGCUCACUUGGGUGCACGCAAGGAAACUGAUGAGCCUGUGGCCAGUACCAGCUCUGGGGCCGUCCAGAUCCCCACUCUUUUCCCGCCGUUCUCUUUCCUGAGGCUCCCAGGCCGCAUAGAGAAGGAGCCUACAAAGAGCUCCAAAACUCUCUUCUGCCUGCGCCCCUUCAGGUCUAGCCAUGGAGCUCAGACCCCUGAUGAUGCCUCCUCCAGCCAAGGAGUCUGCAUGAGGCUCUUCAUGUCCCAUAGCCAGCGCCAGAUGGCACGUUCCGAGGAAGAUGUCGUUGAAGAGCAGACCUCCCAGGCUGAGGCCAAAGAGGAAGAAGAGGAGGCCGAGGACAAGGACAAGGACAAGGAGAAGGACAAGGGCAAGGGAAAGGGCAAGGGCAAGGGCAAGGGAAAGGGAAAGGGAAAGGGCAAGGCCCCCGCCAAGUCUGAGAAGCGGGCCAAAUCGCCCCCCUCUGAUGAUACCGAUUCUGAACCACGCCCUGGCUGCAGCUGGUUCCAGUCCUAAACGGACUCUAUCUAUUGCCCCCUCUGCCAUUUCUGCUCCCCCACCCCUUCCCCUUAACUCCCUUACCCCGUGCCGGGCAGGUUCUGACAGGUGCCAACUUCUAGGGUAGCAUGGGAGAUCUACAUGGGUGAGAAAGUGGAAGGCUGAAACCACAGAGGCUACCGGUCAUGACCGACUUCUGUGGGGAGGGAGAGAGGUUCCCAUGAGAUCUCACACCUGGAGACCCCUCCAGGCCAGUAUUUCCAAAACAUUUCUGUCCUCACCAGGGGGGAUGGUCCGGGUCUUCAUCUCUUCUGACAAGUUACACACAGGCCAAUGACCCAGAAACAUUCCCACCACUUCUUUGGUGCUGUUCUCUACUUGAGAGCCUCAGGAGAGAGGGACCAAAGCUUCAGGAGACUGUAGGACUGUAGGAUGGGAGGGCUGAAAGGGUCUUUGGAGACCACUUAGUUUCCCACCACAAAAUGAGGUGGUUGACCAAUGAUCUUUGAGGUCUCUUCUAGCCCUCCAUCUUCUGAGCCCAAGUCUCCUGAUUCCCAAUCCAAUAAGAAAGAACCAGGUGUUCCAGACACCUUGCCCCUUCAAUUUCAUUUUAGCAGACCUGUUACCCGUGCACAAUGAUCUCCCUAUUGAUGUAUCUUUUGAUGUAAGAACUCCUUUUAAGGCAAAAUGCCUCAACUUCCCCCUCCCCCCUGCUGCUUUUCUCUUGUGAAUGCAUGCCACUUAUGUAUAACAUCCCCACCCCCAGCCGCUCCCCGCAAAGAAGUUAGUAGGGGCCUUCUCAGGCCCCUUGUGGAACUGAACCCAGAAGAGUUGAGAACCUAGAGGGGAUACCCAUACUAGCUCAUAGCCACCUCUGGACUCUUUUCUCUAAUACCGUCAGACCACUAGCCGCUCCAGACGGCCCUUCUCUUUCCAUCUUGGUGCUGUCUGCUCAGGUUUCAUCACCAAAAAACCUCACUUCAGAUACUCUUACAAUCAUGUAUCCGGUGAAUGGUCAACAACUGGAGAAGGUCUCAGAUAAGUUUAGUUGAAGAUGCUUUUGCGUGUAGGAUGAGUUGUUUGCAGAUAUCCUAGGUAGGUUUACGUAGGUAUAUUGUGUAUGCAACCCUAACCCUACCGUUACUGUAUCUUCACUAUGCAGGGUUUCAGUAUUCGCAGGGCUAUGAGCUGGUAAGUAGGACUGAGCAUUUCAUCCGACAGUUAACACUAAUGCUGGCUAUGAGCCACUAUGACCUAUCACGUGAGCUGUAUAGUAUGUUGAGUGAAAGUACUUGAAAAUGCAUGAUACUGAUGGCUAGAAGUUGCUGGGGGGUAUAAAACC